UGGCUGGGGAGGGGUUUUAACUUUUGAACAUGUUCGUUUAGAAAAACUGAAAGGCUUUUGUCAUCCUCGUAAACAGGGACUCUCUCUCUCUCUCUCUCUGAUUCUCUUUCUGCGUUUUGUCUCUAAGCUGUAACAUUGUCUAGGACAGUGCAAGAGAGAAAUGGACUCAAAACCCAACUCAUUACUCAUUGGUUCUCUCACUCACUCUCACUCUCUCAUCCCCUCAUUUCAAAUUUGAAUACCCUUUUUCACCCUUUCCUUUUGGGUCUCUACGCUCAGCUCUCUUCACGCCCGCGUCUCUCUCGCCCUUCUUUGACCACCUCGGUCUCACCCCCACCCACCUUGACCUCAUCAUCCUCUCACAUUUUAAACACAACAAAAUCCCUUCUCUUAGACCUUUCAUCAAACACUUUUUAAAAAACUUAAAAAUUCCUUAUAUCUCCUUCCCUCAGGCAUGGAUAAACCAGUCCAUAAUAGUGAAAAUAAUGGCACCCAAUCCAUCACUAGCAACCUUCAAGACCUUAGUUUCAAUGCCAGUGUUAGCACCAGUCUUUGUAGCAGUACAGUUUCUGGGUCUGAUAUCAGUGUGAGUAGCAGCAACAUGAGCAAUGCCAGCACUGUUGAGGCUCACAAGAAUGCUGAACCUGUAGUGGACUGUGAGGAAAGUGAGAUGAGUAGUUUGAGUUAUGCAAGUAAAUCUAACAGCUUUGAUGGAAAUGAAUCAAGCUUUAGGAGUUUUCACCCUUCAAAGCCUCACAAAGGCAAUGAUAUUAGAUGGGAUGCCAUUCAGUGUUUAAAAGCUAAAGAUGGGGACUUGGGUAUAGGGAAUUUCAGGCUUUUGAAGAAGCUUGGAUGUGGGGAUAUUGGGAGUGUGUAUUUGGCUGAGUUAAGAGGGAUGGGUUGCUUGUUUGCAAUGAAAGUUAUGGAUAAGGCUAUGUUGGCUGGGAGGAAGAAGCUUGUGAGAGCUCAGACUGAGAGGGAUAUAUUGGGUUUGUUGGACCAUCCAUUCCUUCCAACCCUUUAUUCUCAUUUUGAGACUGACAAGUUUUCUUGCUUGUUAAUGGAGUUUUGCAGCGGUGGUGAUCUUCACACGCUCCGGCAACGCCAGCCGGGCAAGCAUUUUGCGGAGCAGGUAGCAAGAUUUUAUGCUUCUGAAGUGCUUCUUGCGCUUGAGUAUUUACACAUGAUGGGAGUGGUGUACAGGGACUUAAAGCCUGAAAAUGUAUUGGUAAGGGAGGAUGGGCACAUCAUGCUCUCUGAUUUUGACUUAUCCUUAAGAUGCUAUGUGAAUCCCACCCUUGUUCAAUCCAGUGUAGAUCCAUCAUGCCGGAUAUCUUCUUACUGUAUUCAGCCAUCAUGCAUUGAUCCAGCUUGCAAAUUACCCGUUUGUGUGGGGCCUUCUUGCUUACAACCUUCUUGCUUUAAGCCUAGAUUUUUCAAUUCCAAAAUAACAAAGGCAAGGUGUGAAAGAAUGACAAAUGCAGAUUCACUUCCUGUACUAAUUGCAGAGCCAACUAGCGCUCGCUCUAUGUCAUUUGUUGGAACACAUGAAUAUUUAGCCCCUGAGAUAAUUAGAGGGGAUGGUCAUGGGAGUGCUGUCGAUUGGUGGACAUUUGGUAUUUUCUUGUAUGAGUUACUACAUGGGAGGACACCCUUUAAAGGCAAUGGAAACCGCGAGACAUUAUUCAAUGUUGUUGGUCAACCACUAAAAUUUCCGGACGGAUCAAGUAUCAGCUUUGCAGCUAAGGAUUUGAUCCGGGGCCUGCUUGUAAAGGACCCACAAAAGAGACUAGGAUUCAAAAGAGGUGCCACUGAGAUCAAACAGCAUCCCUUCUUUGAAAGUGUUAAUUGGGCUCUCAUUCGUAGUACUCACCCUCCAGAAAUUCCAAAACCAAUUGAUCUUACAUUUUUGAACAGCGCAUUCAAGUCAUCAGUGCCUCCCAAUGACAAGGGUGCUACUGACUCAGAUAGCUCAUCUGGUCCUUACUUAGAUUUUGAAUUUUUUUAAUGACUUCUAGUAGCCAAAGCAAAAAAGAGGUAAUGGUUAUCCCUGAGGAAGAUUUUUUUUCAUCUUGUCAAUGAAAUUUCAUUCCUUUACAUGAUUAUACCCUUUUUCCUCAUAAAAUUAGAUAUUUAUGGUUCUUUUUCUUGCUUUCUA